UGCCCAUGUACCCCAGAAAAGUUUCGGCUGCCCCUGGCCAUGCUACAGAAUGGGAUUAAAAAUCAGUGCCGACACCAGCUGGAGUUAGCUGUUCCAGCGACUGGAUUUUGCGCUUCUUCCCAGCCUCUCUGCUCUGAAUACUGCGCUGCCAUCUGAGCGUCCGAGCAGGCAUCUCGUUCAGGAUAUUUCCAUCCGCUCGGUCCCGCCACAGAUCCUCGGUUUGUGAUGCCUGCUGGCUGCGGGACAGAAUGAGGACCGGCCUCUGUCCUCCCGCAGCCCCAACCUGCUUCCUCCAGGCUUUCUGGCCUCUGCACGUUAACAGGCUAACCCUUUUCUGAGCACAAGCCUUUGGAUUCUGUCGACAUGACACAGUAUUUGAUGAAGAACGCACACGAGGUUUCCUUCGGCUUAACUGAACAAUGGGAAAGGAAGUGCGGCUGCGGAUCGAGCAGGUUCCCGACAACAGCGAGCAGGAGCCGCUUUAUAGGGCGUCUGCUGGUGUCUGUCAGCUCCGUCCACAGAGGGCUUUACUGAUGCUUUUAUAGGAUUCUGCUGCCUUCGAUUUAGAAGACGAGACGAGAGACACGAGUUGACAUCAGAUGCACCAGUAAAGCCUGUGUGAAUGUUGAUGAAGCCACAUCCUGUGCUGUCAGUGGGACUGGGGAUUUACUGGCGACCGGCGCCGCUCCUGUGGAAAGCACGGAGACAUGACAUGCACAAGAAAAAAGAGGAAACGCAGCUUUGACUUUUUUAAAACCCCUGUCUUUUAACAGAAGGCAGCAGCAGCCUUCGCCUUACGGUUGUUCAAAAGAUUUCAGCCUUUGUUGUCUGUGCACCGUGAGCUGCUGCUGUUCUUAUUUACUAAUUGUUUCCGGUAUUCGGUUUGAGGGAACAGUCUGGUGGAUCGCUGGAGCCCGUAUUUCAUGUAGACUGCAACAGACAUCCAGUCUGCCACAGUCUGGAGGACAAGCAGCUCACAGCAGGCUCCCAGUGAGGAUUACUAGGCGAAACGAAAAAGUGCACCAACAAAAGAGCCUUGCUCGAAAUGGGGCAAUGCGGAUUGGAGUGUCCCUGUUCCUUGUGAACUGCAGAAAAGAAGCAACCACGAGGACGAAGGAACAGCUAGCAGACGGGGGAGGUGGUGGAGGAGUGGUGGCUUUGGUGUUUGAAGAAAAGGUAGUAUGGGUGGGGGGGCAUUUGGAAUGGCGAAUGGAAAUGAGACUAGUGAAGGGCCUUCAGGGCCAAUGGCAGCCCUGGUGGCUACUGCAGGAGGUAUGGUUGCAGAGAGUUCUUCCUCAGCUGUCUCUACCUAUAUUAAACUGGUGCUUCUGGGGCUGAUCAUCUGUAUCAGCCUAGUUGGCAACCUGGUGGUGUCUCUGCUCGUGCUGCGGGACCGGACUCUGCACAAGGCACCUUACUACUUCCUGCUGGACCUGUGCCUGGCAGACACCAUUCGCUCAGCAAUCUGCUUCCCCUUUGUGCUGGUGUCUAUAAAGAAUGGUUCAGCCUGGACAUACAGUGUGCUGAGCUGCAAAGUGGUAGCUUUUAUGGCAGUGCUCUUCUGCUUCCAUGCCGCUUUCAUGCUCUUCUGUAUCAGCGUAACACGCUACAUGGCCAUUGCACACCACCGCUUUUAUUCAAAGCGCAUGACAUUCUGGACAUGUGUGGCAGUGGUGUGCAUGGUGUGGACACUGUCUGUGGCAAUGGCUUUCCCACCUGUUUUUGACGUGGGCACCUACAAAUUCAUUCGUGAGGAGGACCAGUGCAUUUUUGAACAUCGCUACUUCAAGGCUAAUGAUACACUUGGCUUCAUGCUAAUGCUGGCUGUGCUAAUUCUAGCCACACAUGUUGUCUACAUGAAGUUACUCCUCUUUGAGUAUAAGCAUCGCAAGAUGAAGCCAGUCCAGAUGGUGCCAGCUAUCAGUCAGAACUGGACCUUCCAUGGGCCAGGGGCUACGGGCCAAGCAGCAGCCAACUGGAUUGCAGGCUUUGGUAGGGGCCCAAUGCCGCCCACUCUGCUGGGAAUCCGGCAGAACUUGCACAACCAGAACCGGCGCCUAUUGGCUAUGGAGGAGUUCAAAGCUGAGAAGCAGCUUGGUAGAAUGUUCUAUGUGAUCACACUGCUGUUCCUGGUGCUCUGGUCUCCCUACAUAGUGGCUUGCUAUUGGAGGGUGUUUGUCAAGGCUUGCACAAUACCACACCGGUACCUCUCCACCACUGUGUGGAUGAGUUUUGCCCAAGCCGGAGUCAACCCUAUUGUCUGUUUCUUCCUCAACAAAGACUUGAAGAAAGGGCUCCUUUCCCACCUACCAGCCUGCUGUAGGACUAAACCUCAUCUGCCGCGAGAGCCUUAUUGUGUCAUGUAACCAGAGAUGAUGACCUGAAGAUGAAGGAAAAUGAAGGGGCAGCCAACAGAUGUAUAUUGUGUUUGCUUGAGUUAAUGUGGCAUUUGAUGCAAUGCAAGCUACUUUUAAGCAGUGGGUGUAAACUAGCAAGUUUAGUGGUUAAAAACACUGGAAUGGUAAGCAUGUAUUUUCAUCUGCCAACCCAUUUAUAGCAAAACAUGCAAGUAAUAAUGCAGUCAAUGUGGAAACCAAGCCAGAAAAAUAGCCACCAACAAACUACAUAAGCUGCUUUUUGAAGAAUCUGGAAAUGGCCCAUUAGAAAAGUACUGAAAAUAAAUGAUGUUUCAGUUGUUUAGGAGACAAAAAAAAUCCUUAAGGAUGAAUAGGCAACUUUUAGUCUAAAUUUAAAUUUCAUCAACCUCAACAUGCUGGAUUAGUUUGCAAAGCCAGAUGAUGAUAUUUGUACAGCAACAGUGGAGAGCAAGCAAGGGAGAGAUGCAAAAAUCACCCUCAAGCAGAUUCAAACCAGCAACUUUUCUGUUCAUGGUCUCUCACUUGUUUAAAUAAUGUCCAAAUUUGAAUACUUCACAACAUAAUCUAUAAGUAUAGUUCUUGGGAGUCCAUGAGCUUUUCACAUUAUACUCCAUCCAAAGGUAUUCCUGUUUGUUCACCUUUUUGCCCUGGUAGAGAAACUCAGUGUGUGUGUUUUUUUUAAUCCAUCGUCUCAAAAUCAGAGGUGUGUCCAAUUUUCAAGUCAAGAGUCAGUUGUAUCUGAAACACAUUCUGUCACAUUCUGGCAUGAAAAGAAGCAUGAAAUAUUUCAUGUGUGAAUGUAAGUAAAUGCCUGUUUUUUUGUUUAUUUGUUGUUUUUAUUUACAAUUAUUUACACUGUUAUUGAGUUGUAUGAAUCAGGUACCUACAAUGUACUGACUGGAAGGUAUAGUUGACAUCAAGAACACUAUUUAUUCUGUGGUGAGUUGAUAAUUUUACUAAAGGCCCUGUAACUGCAGCAUUUAACAACACUGACAUUUUAUAAUACAAUUGAUGCUCAAAUGUAGGUGGAAUAAAGGAAAAUUUUGAAAAUAACAACUUAUCUUUCCAGAGGAACAUAGAAGUACUCGUGCGUAUUUGUAACUUGAUGGUAUGGACAGGAUACAGUACUUGAGAACAACACUGAAAUUGGGGGAUAAGGAUGUGUUUUUAUUGUAUAAUUAAAGAUGGAUAGGGAGAAAAUGGCUAACAUUACAUGUAUCUUGUCAUUAGUUAUUGUGUAAUUAUCAGAAUAAUUAACAUACCAUAGAAAGGCAUGUUCUUAAGUACACAGCGUAAUUUUUCUCUACACUGACAUACCUUCAAUGUAAUGCUGCUGUGUUAGUCCACAUGCCUACGUGGUGUAAAUGUUCUGUAUUAAGUGGUAAGUUUGGAUCCAUUGGAAAAAUGUUUCUGUCACCAAAUUCUAUGACUGUGGGAGUUAUAUUUCUGGAGAUACUGAACCCUUGAAAUGGCUUCACAAUGGCUAACAGAGGAAAAAAUCUACUCCUGAAAACAAAUAAAACUCAGAGUUCUGCAAAACUGUUACAGAAAUUAGCUUUGGGUGCUAAAUAGCAAAUUAGUAGACUUUGAAAAGAGAUAUGAGAUGGCACAGCAACAUUUUUUCCUGAAUUCUGUCUUAAUUGACAAGUGCUGCCCCCUGAUAAUAAAUCCCAGUUGUGUUGCUGUGAGAGUUCCCAUCAUUUUUAUGUUAUUCCUACACACCACAAUAAUGUCUUAAUGAGUAAAACAAAGUUGUCCGGAAAUUUUCCCAAAAUUUUCCAGUACGGUACACUGUAGGCUGUCAUAUUUAACACUAAAAUGUCUGGUUCUUUUCUUCCCCAUAAUCUUCAAUCUUCCACUAUGCCUACAAUUAAUCACCAACAAGAUUAAUGUAACAGAUUGACUCAUAGGCUGUAUUAUGAAGUGUCACUGCUGUUUUAAAUGCUGUUACUAGCCCCUUAAUCAUUGCCAUUCCCUUAUGUGAGCUCUCUCAUCUGUGAAUGCACAAAAAUAUGAUGAUUUCUGUGUGAGGUGAACUUGCCACAGAGUGUUCAUGGUGUAUAAGUGAGCAAAUAAGGGAGUGAUUUUGCACACAUCUGAGUAAUUUCAGUCCAACAGGAACUUAAAACUGUUAAAAAUCAGAGAAAAGGGAGCUGCACUGGGCUGAAGGAGAGAACCAUGUUGAUCGAAUAAUAAACCAAAGUAAAACAGGUGCUGCAAAGUAAAUGUCAGCAUGUGAAGAAAGGAUGUGGCAUCACAACAGACAGGGGAAAGUCUCUACAGGAUCUUUUGGUCUCCAAACACUCUUCUUGGCACAUUUUCAUUCUGUUUGUCAAUAAGGGAAAGUAAACGUCCAGCUGUGGCACUGAUGUUACCCUAAGGCAUCUUCUUCUUGUUUGUCACUCAUGCAACAGAAAACAUACAGUAAUUAAUUCUUUUCAAGUUUGCUGACAAAACCUUGUUUGUUUGGGUUUUUCUUAAGGAGAAAUUAUAAAUUAUAUCUACAGCACAAGACAUUUUUACAGAAGAGAACUGCUGAAGCAAAUCUUUUCUAGAGGGACUAUGUAACUGUAUCUAGUGCUGAGGUAUCUUAUCAAAAGAUGUUUUCUUUCAAAACCACAACUGCUCCAUGUGAAAAACAGUAAAUAUCAAGGAAAAUGUGAAGUUAUACACCAAAGCACAGGCCAGGCUCUCUCCUCUGCACCAGAAAGGAGCUUUAGGUCACAACAAGAAGGGUAUGGCCACUAAACACUGUAUAACUCCCCUCAUCCACAUCCAUUUUCCAUCAGGAUUCUUUUGUUACUUCAGCAGCUGUAAAGGUGCUCAUUACCUUGGUGAUACUGCAGGAAAAUGAGCUCUGCCCAGAUCUGGCAGCUGUCUGUUCAUUUCUGCCCAUUUGCUGACAGUAUGUUUAAAUUACCACAUUUAAGGUAAAAAUGAUGAGAUGAAUUCAACAGUUUGACUUACUACAUCACACCUACACAACCUAAAUCAACAUUAUAACACAGCAUUCAGAGGACUGACUUCACUAACACCCAGACAGCCUACAAUUUUUCCUGCAUCACAAGAUGGCAAUUUUAAAUUCCUUUCAGGAAAAAUGAAAUAAGAAAACUGUGAGUCAAUAUUUGUUUGAUAUUGUUUUACCAUACAGUAGAGCCAAGGUGAAUUUCAACUUAAAUCAUCAUUGUUACAUUGUCAUUACACAAAGUAUUAAAGAGACAAGGGUGCAGUGAAAGACACAUCUACUACUGCUUUUUCUUUGCACAAAUUUAGGUAAAUUGAUUAAACUGUGCUUCUUUUUAGUUUCUCUCUAAAAAUGAACUGUAAUGUGGAGUUCAGGUGGAAGGUGAAGACAGGGCACAGAGAUUGUAAUUUGCCAGUGAAUAUCUGAAAACAUGACUCAGUUCGCAAGACUGAGGGCAAAUAGUGUGUGUGGGGUUUGAGGUGCCCCUUUUUCUCUGCCAUGGCAUAUGUGAGACACCAAACAACAGCAUGCCACAGAGAAUGGCUAGUCUUGUUUUUGUUUUCAGAAUUAUGGCCUUACUCCAUACUAACGUAAAACCAAUGCAACAAAGAGAAGACACGUGUUUCUUCUUGAUGCGCUUUCUUUCAAAAGGAAACAACACUGUGGAACUAGUGAUGUUUGGAAGACUGUUAGCUUUUUCCAUCAAAAGCUAGUGAAACUGUGGUCGUGAGCAGAUGAAGGGGAGAAGGGAGCGCAUUCAAAACAGAUGUGACUUUUCUGUGGUGACUGAUUAUUAUAUGAAUGCACACCGCUCUGGACUUUUGUGGAACUGUUUCUCAGUUGAUUUUCUCUGAGAUAUCAACCAGAGGGAUGAAGGUUUUCAUCCUUGAGACGAGGCCAGAGAAAAAUGUGGAUUAUGGCUAAUGCUGGAGAGGCCUGAACGUGCUUUUUUAGUUGCCUCAGGCAAAUUAUCUUUUGUAAAUUUACUGUGACCUCUGUACUAUUUAGUGUGUAUUAUAUUGACAGCAAUCUAUCUUUGAAAUGCAAUGGAAAAGCUCCUGAUCAUCAUA